ACAGUUUUAAAGACUCAUAGUAAUUCAAAAAUUUAUUGCUCCAGCUCAACCAACUCUGCCCCUCUCUCUUUCCCAUAAACACAAACUGUUUGUUCUUAAUUCAAGAACAUAUCUUAUCACAAAAAUUAUAUAUUCCACCUUCUACCAUUCUUGAGAAUCUUUAAAACCCAGUUCUUACAUUUUUUUACUUUUUUCUGGGCAAUGUCGAUGGAAUACAUAGUGAAGGUUGAAGAAGCAAAGGCUUCAAGUGAUGGAAAACCAUCAACAGGUCCUGUUUUUAGGUGCAUUUAUGCCAAAGAUGGUCUCCUGGAAGUGCCUGCAGGGCUUGACUCUCCAUGGCAGUUCUUUAGUGAUUCUGCCCUGAAGAACCCAAAUAGCCAAAUGCUGGGUCGACGUGAAGUGACAGAUUCCAAGGUUGGUCCUUAUGUGUGGCUGACUUAUAAACAAGUUUAUGAUUCUGCAAUAAAAAUAGGCUCAUCAAUGAGAAGCAGAGGUCUCAAUCCUGGUGAUUGUUGCGGUAUAUAUGGUUCUAACUGCCCAGAAUGGAUUACUGCAAUGGAGGCUUGUAACAGCCAGGCUAUUACAUAUGUGCCACUAUAUGACACUCUUGGUCCUAAUGCAGUAGAGUUCAUAAUCAACCAUGCUGAAGUUUCUCUAGCUUUUGUCCAAGAGACCAAGCUCUCUUCUAUUCUAUCUUGCCUGCCAAGAUGCUCAUCAUAUUUGAAAACUAUUGUUAGCUUUGGAAACAUUUCUAGCCUGCAAAAGAAGGAAGCUGAGGAAUUAGGAGUGUCUUGCUUUUCAUGGGAGGAAUUUUCUCAGCUGGGAAGUUCGGAUUGUGAAUUACCCCCAAAGCAGAAGACUGAUAUAUGUACAAUAAUGUAUACUAGUGGAACAACAGGAGAACCAAAAGGUGUUAUUCUUAAUAAUGGGGCUAUAAUGGCUGAAGUAUUAUCCGUUGGUCAUCUACUUUCUCUUACAGACAAAGAGGCUGGAGAAGAAGAUUCAUACUUCUCUUUUCUUCCUUUGGCUCAUGUAUAUGAUCAAAUAAUUGAGACCUAUUGCAUCUACAGAGGUGCCUCUAUAGGAUUUUGGAGAGGGGAUGUAAGAUAUUUGAUUGAGGAUGCUCAAGAAUUGAAGCCAAGUAUAUUUUGUGGAGUCCCUAGAGUCUAUGACCGUAUAUACACUGGUACAUUAAGUAAAAUUUCAUCUGGAGGUGCUUUGAGGAAGAAACUGUUUGAUUUUGCAUAUAAUUACAAACUUGCGAAUCUUGAGAAGGGACUUCCUCAAGCUCAAGCAGCUCCCCUAUUAGACAGGCUUGUGUUUGAGAAGACAAAACAAACGUUGGGAGGUCGAGUUCGAAUCAUGUUAUCUGGUGCGGCACCUUUGCCUAAGCAUGUAGAGGAGUUCUUGAGAGUCACUGCCUGCUCUACCUUAUCACAAGGCUAUGGUUUGACAGAAAGUUGUGGAGGCUGUUUUACAUCAAUAGGUGAUGUGUAUCCAAUGAUUGGAACUGUUGGAGUUCCUAUGACAACAAUUGAGGCAAGGCUCGAGUCUGUGCCAGAAAUGGGAUAUGAUGCAUUAUCUAGCGUUCCGCGUGGCGAAAUCUGCCUUAGGGGAAAUACAUUGUUUUCUGGUUACCACAAAAGAGAAGAUCUAAGUAAUGAAGUUCUUGUUGAUGGGUGGUUUCAUACAGGUGACAUUGGAGAAUUGCAGCCCAAUGGAGCAAUGAAGAUAAUUGACAGGAAAAAGAACAUAUUCAAGUUAUCGCAAGGCGAAUAUGUUGCAGUCGAGAGUCUUGAAAAUACAUAUAUGCGAUGCCCUCUUAUAGCAUCGAUUUGGGUAUACGGCAAUAGUUUCGAGUCGUUUCUAGUUGCUGUAGUAGUUCCUGAGAGACAGCCACUUGAGAAUUGGGCAGCAAACAAUAAUUUCAAAGAUGAUUUUAAAUCUUUAUGCAAAAAUCCUAAGGCUAGAAGAUAUAUUUUAGAUGAGCUCAAUAGCAUUGGUCAGAAACAUAAACUCAAAGGAUUUGAAAUGCUAAGAGCAGUUCAUUUGGAACCACAUCCAUUUGAUAUUGAAAGGGAUCUGAUAACUCCAACAUUUAAGCUGAAGAGGCCUCAGUUACUCAAACACUACAAGGGCUGCAUCGACCAACUGUAUAGCGAAGCCAAGGGAUCGAAGGCAUGAUAACAAUUCUUUAAGCAAGAACAUAAUAUCCAGAUGUGCAGAACUGACUGGAAUUUCAAGAACAUAAGGCUAAUAUUGUGUGAUAAGCUCGAAGAGGGGGAAAAAGUGUAGUGAUACCUUAAAGCAACUCUUUUUAUCAUUUUCAAUUGUCAUGGAAAUUACUUAUAAAACAAUAUUAUACUUUUGUUAAAACUAUUAAUGUCAUUUUCAUUGUUUUGAGUCAAUAAACUUGUGAGUGGUGAUCAAGGGAUUUUUCUUCUGAUUA